AUGUUAUUCGAUCAAAAAACUAAUAUUGAUACUGGUGGUGGUGCACAAUUAUCAUUACCAGCAAAUUAUGAAAGUAAAGUAACUGCUCCAAGAAAUCCAACCUUAAAUCGUGGUCCAAAAAUCGAACCAAAAUUUACACCAUCGACAUUUUUAAAAGAAAUGUCAUUAGAUACCCAACAAAAAUUACUUAAUACACGAGAAAUGUAUCUACCAAAAAUAAUCGCUCUAUCAGAUAUGUCUGAAACAUCAUUACAAACAACAUCAAAAGUUGACAUUGAUGAACCUCUAUUUCAACCUUAUCCAUCGGAUAUUACUUUUCAAAAAUAUGAACCAUUUAAUACAUAUGACGUGCCUUUAUUACUUCGAAAUAAUGAUAAAGUGGCAAGAAUAGUUAAAGUAUCACAAGUUGAUACGCCAUAUUUUACAAUUGUUGCUCCACCAAAUGCCUAUCAAAAAGUUGCACCUGGAGUUGCACUUGUAUUUCAUAUUCAAUUCAAACCAGAAGAACAACGAGAUUAUGCACAUGAAAUUUUAGUAGCAACUGAGCGUGAAAAAUUUCUUCUACCUGUACGAGCUAUUGGUGCUCGAGCUAUUUUAGAUUUUCCUGAUUCUAUUACAUUUUCAACUACAGCUGUUAAAAGUACAAAUAUGAGUAAAGUUUUAUUUGUUCGAAAUAUUGGUAAUCGUGAAGCUCGUUUUGUUUUACAAAUAAAUAAACCAUUUCAUGUUUCACCUGAAAAUGGUCUUUUACCUGUUGGUGAAAGCAUGCAAGUAACUAUUGAUUUUAAUCCAAUUGUAAAUGGUGAAAUGAAAGAUGAACUUGUUAUAAUUUAUGAUACUGGAGAAAAAGUUUAUGUUAAUGUAUAUGGUGUUGCACAAGAUAUAAAUGUUCGAUUAGAAAAAAGAUCUAUUCACUUUGAAAAUACAUACUUAGAAAUGAUUAAUCAACGUACUGUAACAUUAUCGAAUCGUAGUGAUCAAUUAGUUCAUUUUCAAUGGAAACAUUAUCCGAGUGAACGUGAAGAAGAACAACAAAAAUUAAGACAACUUCAUGCACUAUCAGAAGAAGAAGUUAGUGCAUUACAAAAACUUAAUGUUAAUACCAGUGAAUCUCCAUCAGCUGGUCCAUUUGAUUUUGGUGUAUUAAUUCAACGUACAUUUAUAAAUCAUCGUCGUCAAUUAACAAAUGAAUCAUAUUUAUUUACUCAUUCUAAUUUUCGUAUUGAUCCACUUGAAGGUGAUCUAUGGCCAGGUGGUAGUCUAGAUAUUCAAGUUUUAUUUAAACCAAAUGAAGCACGUAAAUAUGAACAAACAGCAUGGCUUGAUGUUGUUGGUCGUGAACAACGAUUACCAUUAACAUUAACAGGUGAAGGUGAAGGUGCAAAAUUAGAAGCAUCAUUUCAAACAUUAGAUAUUGGUUGUGUUUAUGUUGGUUCAACACAUUUAUACGAAGUUGUUUUAGCUAAUAAAGGUUUUAUUGAAGCACGUUAUCAAAUUCUUAAUGGAAAUUCUAUAUUUGGUUCAUGUUUUCAAUUUGAUCCAUCAUCUGGUACAAUAUCAAUUGAAAAUUAUCAAGCUAUACAAAUAACAUUUCAUAGUGAACAACUUGGACAAUUUAAUGAAAUAUUUAAUGUUGAAAUUGAAGGUAAUCCACGAGCAUUACCAAUAACUAUAUCUGGACAAGUUAUUGGACCAACAUUUUAUUUUGAUCAAGCACAAUUAAAAUUUGGUCUUGUUUCAUAUGGUUUUCAAACAACAUUAGGAUGUCAUUUAUAUAAUACAUCACUUGUACCAAUGCCAUUUAAAUUACAUAUUGAUCAAGAAAGAAAUAAAAAACAUAAUCAUCUUGUUUCAUUUGAUGAUGAUGAAGAUGAAGAAGAAGAUACAAUAAAUAGUAAUGAAUUUCAAAUUCGACCAUCACGUGGAAUAAUUCCACCACAAAGUGAUACGAAAAUUUAUGUUGAUUUUAUACCAAAAUCUAUUCAAAAAUAUGAUACAUUUUUACAAGUUGAUAUAGAUGGUGUAGGAAAAAAUAUUUUUUCAUUACCAAUUACAGCUAAGAGUACUGUUCCUCGUAUAACACUUCAUAAUGAUAUACUUGAUUUGGGUCGUACAUUUUUAAAUAAUCCAAAUGAACGUUAUGUUCGUUUACAAAAUUCUACAAGUCUUCCAAUGCGUUAUCAAUUUUUAUAUCCUCGUUCGGGACAUUUACAUUUUCAAUCAGUUGAAAGUGAAGGUGUUAUUGAUGCCAAUACAACACGUGAUAUUCCAUUAACAAUUACAAUUAAACAACUUGGUGAUAUAACAGAAAAAGUUGAAAUUCAUCGAGUUGGUGCACGUGAUCCUCCAUUAGAAUUAGAAGUAACAGCAACAGGUACAGGACCUGUUUUAUUUAUUGAACCAAGUGAAAUACGUUUUGGUACAAUAAGUGUACUUGAUGAACAUAUACAAAUACUUUCAUUAUCAAAUGAAUCUCCUAUUCCAGCUGUAUUUCAUUGUGAAUUUGAUAAGAAAAAUUCUUGUUUUUCAUGUGUACCUAAUUCAGAUGUUGUUGAACCACAUACAUCCAUUGAAGUUCGUGUUGUUGCAAAACUUAAUGAUCGAUUAAAAUUUAAUGAAGAAUUAAUCAUCUAUGUUGAUCAUAGUUCACCACGUAUAAUACCAGUAACAGCUCAAGGUACAGGUGCAUUAAUUGUACCUGAUGUAUCAAUAUUUCCAUCACUUAAUUUGGGUUCACGUUUUGUUGGUACAUCAAUUGUUCAACGAAUACAUUUUACAAAUAAAGGACGUCGUCAAUUGGCUGUUCAUUUCAUACCUGCCGGUGAUACGACAGCAGCAUAUGGUGUACAAAGAAAAACAAAAAUUAAUAAUAAUAAUAAUAAAGAAAUUGAAUCAAAUCGUUUAUCAGAACAAUCAUUUCGUCUUGAACCUGAACGAUUAGAAUUUGCACCUGGUGAAACACGUUUAUUAACUGUAACAGGUUUUGCAGAACAACCAAAAAUCGUUGAUGAAAUAUUUACAUGUUUAGCUAUAAUUGGUCGUUCAACAGGUCGUGAUAAAUUACUUUCAUUAAAAAUUCAUUGUGAAUUUGUUGAACCAUUAAUGUCAUUUUCGAAAACAGAUCUUUAUUUUCGUGUUGAAUAUAAUGAACAAACAAUAGUAGAUGGUUUACGUACACCAAUAUCAUCAGAAUUAACAUUUUCAAAUAUAUCAGCUAUUGAUUUAACUGCUAAUCUUCGUGUAAAACAUCCAUUUUUAUUAAAAACUGACUCAAAUGAUGAUUCAAGUUCAACAACACCAUUAGAUAGUACCGAUGAAACAACACCCGAUAUACCACCGGGUUUUACAUUAAGAAAAAAAAUAAAAAUAUUAACAGGAAUGAGCUAUUCAGAACUUGUUUAUUUUGAUCCAAGUGCUAAUACAAAAGAAUUAUCAUGGAAAUGUGAUGAACAAUUAGUUUUCAGCUAUGAAGAACAUGCUUUUAAUGAUACAAUUAAUUUACAUGGUGAAGUACAUUAUCCAAAUUUAUUAAUUGAACAUACUGAUCUUGAUUUUGGAUGUAUUCUUAAUGGAACUGAAGUAAGUCGAUAUGUAACAAUGGUUAAUGUAAGUCCAUUACCUGUAAAAUAUCUUUGGGCAUUUAUUCUUGAUGAAAAUGAUCGAAAUUAUACAUUUGAACCACAACCACAAACCAAUAUAUCAUCACCACAAUUAAAUCAAACACAAAUUCAAAGUGGACCAUGGUUAGAAAAUUCUGAACAACAAAUUACAUAUGAAACAGCAAAUCUUACUCCUAAACUUGAAGAAAUAUUUGAUAUAUCACCAUUUUUUGGUUGUCUUCAACCAGGAGAAACGGAAAAAACUGCUAUUCGUUUUUAUGGUCAUCCAGGUAUAAAAACAGCUGUUAAAGCUAUAUGUCAAGUAGAAAAUGGUCCUGUUUAUGAACUCUAUCUUCAUGGUCAAGCAUCAUAUAUGGCAUAUCGUUUAAAUACACAUGAACUUGAUUUUGGUGAUGUACAUUUUGAUAAAUCAGCAACACAUACAUUAACAUUAACAAAUGUUGGUAGUGUUCCAUUAGGUUUUCAUGUUUUAAAUUUAAAUAAUUUAAAUACAAAUCAACAACAUGCACAAAUUGAUGUUGAACCUGAAUCUGGUACAUGUAAACCAUAUACAUCAACCGUAAUAACAAUUAAAUUUCUUCCAAGUAUACCGGAAAAAUUUGAAAAAAUUUUAUAUCUUCAAGUAGCACAUUUUCAACCCGAUGAAAUACGUUUAAUUGGUACAGGAAUGUUUAAUCGUUUAGAAAUUGAUUUACCACGUUUUAUUAUAAAUAAUUCUAUUGAAGAACAAUUAUAUGAACAAGUACAAGAAAAAUCAGAUGAAAAAUUUCUACAACAUCAACUUGAUAAACUUGUUGUACAAAAUUUUGUACAAAAAUCUGGUGAAAUUAAUCCACAACUUGUUGAAUCUAUUGAACAAUCAAAUUUAUUUCAACAACAAAUACAACAACAAUCAAUGAAUUUAAGUAAUCAAUCAUUAUCAAUAUCAACAACAAGUUUAUCAAAACGAAGUACAAUUAGUAAAUCAAUACCUAUUUUACCUGAUUAUUUAGUUGAUUUUAAUUAUGUUAUUUUGGGAACUGUUCGACAACAAAUAAUUCAUAUAAAAAAUCCAACAAAUAAUAAUAUUACAUUUCGUUUUGAUCGAUUAGCAUAUAAAAAUACAGGAUUUUCAUUUGAUUGUGAUCAUAUUAAAAAUUUACCUUCUGGUGAACUUAUUUCAAUAACAAUUACAUUUGAUCCACGUGGAGCUAAUCUUGAAUUAGGAUCUGUAGAAUGUCGAGUACCGGUUGAGGUUACAUCUGGUCCUACAUUUCAUUUACGUCUUAAAGCUAUUGUAACAAUGCCUGAUUUAAAUGUAUCAAAUGAUACACUCGAUUUUGGUACUGUUAAAUGUGGUGAAUGUAAAAUUGCAACAAUACAAUUAAGAAAUCCACAAGAAAUUCGAUGUGAAUGGAUUGCUGCAUAUCCAGGAGAAGAAUCAAAUGGUAAACAAGUCGGCCGUUUUCUUCGUCGUGGAAAUACUAGUGCUAAUCGACGAAAACCAUCAACACGUAUUUUUGAAGUUUUACCACCAUCUGGUUUACUUUUACCUGGUCAAAAAACAAAUGUUCAAAUUAAAUUUACGCCUACUGAAGAAACAAAUUAUGAAUCACGUGUUUUAUUACGUAUUAAUCAAAGUAGUCAACGUUUAAUGAUAAUAUGUCGUGGUUUAGGUCUUGAACCUCAAAUUAUAAUUGGACAAAUGCAUGGUGAUGUAUUUGAACCAACAACAUCGAUUGUUUUUAAUCCAAUAUUAACACAUAGUCAAGGUGAUGAACAAGAUAUUAUUAUACGUAAUCCAUGUGCAUUUCCAAUUGAAAUUUAUGAUCUUGAAUUUGAUAAACAAUAUCUUGAAGAAGAAAAAAUUCUUCGUCUUUUACCAGGUUAUGAUGAAAAUAAUAAUAUUCUUUUACCAACACGAGCUGCAGGAGAUAAAUUACCAGCUGAAUUACAAAAGUUUUAUGAUGAUGUGGUUAAACGAGCAGAAGAAGAAAAACAAGGAGAUAUAACGAAAAGAACAGAUGAAACACCAUUUCCUAUAGAUGGACUUGAAUCAAAUGGUGGUGAAUUGACUUCCUUAUCACAACAACCGACUGUUAGUGGUGAACGUACUGGUGAUAGAGCAACAUCAAAUUCUAUUGGUGAACCUACUGAUUCGAUUACUGAUAAAAGUGAAACAACAUUAAAACGUGUCGCAGAAAAAAUUAUUAAUUAUGAUAUGACACCUGUUGCACAAGCUUUAGCUCGUCAUUUAGGCAUUGAUUUAACUUCAGAUGGAAUACAAGCACGUAAUCGACGUGGUAUUUCUGUGAUAGUUCACGGUCCACCUGGUUCAGGAAAAACAAUGAUAUCACGUGAAAUUAGUCAACGUUAUGAUUGUGCAUUACUAAAUCUAGAUCAAGUAAUUAUUGAUGCUAUUGAUAGUUCACAACGAAGUGAAUAUGCUCAACGUGCUUAUCUUAUGUGUCGUGAUGCACUCGAAAAACAUGUUGAAGAACAACGAACAACAGAAGUUGAUGCUGAUCAUGCUCCUACUACUCAACUAGGUGUACAUACGAAAAAAGUUGCAGAUAAUAAAAAGAAAAAACCUUCUGAAGUAGUUGAUCCAAAUGCUCAACCAACAACUGUCGAAGCACAACCAUUGACUUCACCUCCAUCAGUUAAAUUUAAAAUACAUAAAAAUUCAACAUCUCAUCUAGAUGGAGAUUUAUCGGAAACACGAAGAGAGACAGACGAAAAUCCAGAUGAUACUGACGAUCAAGAAGAACUUAUGACAUAUGUUCUUACAGAAGAUAUUUUUGUUGAAAUUCUUUCUGCAAGACUUCAAGAAAUUCAAAUUGAGAUUGCUGAUAAAAAUCCAUCUGAAUAUCCACAAGGACUUCUAUAUAAAUUAAAGAGUGAAUUAAUAGUACCACAAAUUGAUACAAGUGAUAUAUCAUCUAUAUUCGAAGAACAUCGUAUUGUUCGAAAUCUUUCGUCAUUUCAAAAUAUUGCUGAUUCGGUAACUGGAGGUGUUUAUGGUGAAGAAGAACGUCGUUUUCAAUUUCGAAAUGUUAUUGUUAGUCGAACAUCAAAAGCACGAUUUAAAAUUGCAAAUUCACAAAAAGUACCAGUUGAUAUAACUCUUGCCUUACGUCCAACAAGUAAAGGACAACGAAUAGUUGAAGCAUUUGAACUUGAUGCUAAUCGUGCACAAAUUCCACCAUAUAGUAGUUAUUAUGCUGUCGUUUCGUUUACUCCAACAUCUAUGCAAUCUUAUUCAGCAAUAUUUGAUGUAAUUGUUGAUGGUCAAGCAAAAUCAACUAAAGAUACUCGUGUUGCACCGAAUUUUUCAUUUGAAAUUCAUGGUGAAGGUCAUUUACCACGUGUCACUAUUUUACGACCAGCUAUAAGAAAUAAGAAAGCACAAGCAAUGAUGAUUUUUAAUAAAUUAUUACUUGGUCGACAAGCAACACAACAACUUCUUUUAGUUAAUGAUGGUGUUUUACCUGCUAAAGUUGAUUUUUAUUUACAUGAUGUUGAAAAUGUUUUUUCCAUCGAAACAUCUAAUGAAAAUCCUCAUCCUGAACAUCUUGUUAUUAAUGAUAUGACACGAAAAGCUACAGCUGCUUCAGCUAUAUUUGAACUUGGUCAAAAAAUAGCACUUGAUGUUUUAUUUAAACCAAAAACAACACAAGGACCACAACGAUAUGAAGCUGCUCUUCGACUUGUUGUUGUUGAUAAUCAAUAUGAAGAUACAAUUGUUCAAUUAAUUGGUGAAAGUUAUACUGAUGAUAUUACACUUGAUAAUAUUCAUGGAUUUGUUAUGGCAGAUGAAACUUCAGCAAUCGAAAGUGGUCAACAAACUAUUGUUGAAGAAGAUGCACCAGGAAAGGUAAUACGAUAA